AUGUCGAGCGACGCAUCUACGUCCGAGGGCGAGAUCGUCGAGAGUCCGCACAAGGCAAACACCGCCACUAGCCGACCCCAAGAACCUGGGAUUGACAACUCUAGCAGAGGAUUCGGUCUAGAUGGAACCUCCGACGCAUAUGACUACCGCCGUCGUGCGCUGAGUCGAUCACCCUCUCCAUAUCGUCACAAGCGUGACCCUUCUCCGUCCCCAUACCGCCAUCGGCGCUCCCGCUCCCGCUCGCCUUCACCUUAUCGUCACCAUCGAGAUGGCCGCAACUACCAUGAGAGAGACUCGAGGCGUUAUAAGCGCAGGGCAACUCCUCCGCGCCAUGGGCGCCCAGACAAACGACAAGUCGUAGGUCGCGGCGACGUUCGUGAGUACAGGUCGCAGAAGGAAAAUGCGCGCAUGGAGCAUUCCGAAAAGCCCAAACCCCUGUCCUAUGCAGACAACGAGCACUAUGCUCCGAUUCCGAGUCUGAUCCCGAGUUUCGAAGCUAGCAAGCCCGCUACGAAUGGCGCCUCACACAAGGAAACUAUUUUACACCAGAAGACAACCUCAAAUAAGGAGAACGCCUCACGCAUGGAGACCACCUCACAUUCAGGAAGCUCCGAAGCGACUCCUGCUCCCGCCAAUCAUGAUGAAACAGAGUAUACAUUGGAGCCUGUGGUGCAGGAACAGGAGAUAUCCGAAGAAACUCGCGAGGAAAGAAGGCGCAGAUGGGCUGCAAAACGGGCUCAGCUUUCCUCCCGGAAUACGCCACUCCUUGAACAAGCUGUCACAAAUGCUGCAACUGCAACUCAGGGCCACGUUGCGCAACCUCUCUCCUCGCUCGAUACUUCUGUUGCAUCCUCACCUAGAUCACCGCAGGUACCAGACAUGGAGUCCACGCCCGUGUCUCCAAUGGACAUUGAUAAGCGCGAGAGCCUUAGCAGAGGACCUAGCCCACAACAGGAGGGUCCCUCGGCAGCGAACUACGACCCAACUCAAGACAUGCUUGAGGAUCGGGUGCGCGCGGAGCAGAAGAACCAGCAACAAGGUAUGGCCGCUGCUGAUUACGACGAGACUAGCUCGCGGGCACUGUCUACCCUCCCCGCUGAGAAGGCUGGGCCCGCACAGGAAGCCGGUCCGGCAAAGAAGAAGCGGAAGAAGGAGAUCGACAUGUUUGCCGAGAGCGACGAGGAAGAAGAGGAGAAUGAGGAUGGUGAAGAGGAGGAAGACGCUGGUCAGCCGAAGGGCACCGUGCUCGACGAGAAGCUCCUCGACAACUGGGAUGACGCCAACGGCUAUUACAAAAUCAUCAGCAACGAGCUUAUCAAUAGUGGCCGUUACCGGGUGAUCAAGUAUCUGGGUCGCGGUGUUUUCGCCAAUGUGGUCAGUGCUGAAGAUGUAAAGGAGAAGCGCGGGCAGCUAGUCGCCAUCAAGAUCGUCCGCAGGAAUGAGGCGAUGAAGAAAGCGAGCCAAAAGGAGAUCGACUUCGUACUGCGGCUGAACGAGGCCGACCAGCAGGACAAGAAACAUAUCGUUCGUUACUUGGGCUCUUUUGAUCACAAGGGUCAUUUCUGCAUUGUUUUCGAAUACAUGCAAAAGAAUCUGCGAGAUCUCUUGAAAGAGGACGCUAGGGGCGCUGGCCUCCCUCUUCCGGCCGUCAAGGCUUAUGCUCGUCAGAUGUUCAUCGGGCUAAAGCAUCUGCAGGAUUGUCAGAUUGUCCAUGCCGACCUCAAGCCGGACAAUAUCCUUGUUUCGCAAGAUAACAAGACACUGAAGUUGUGCGAUCUUGGUACCGCGGCAGACAAGCGGGAUAACACGGAGCCUACACCCUACCUGGUCAGUCGGUUCUAUCGCGCACCAGAGAUCAUCUUGGGGAUGGACAUUGGCUAUCCCAUCGACAUGUGGGCGAUUGGAUGCACCAUCUACGAACUUUGGACUGGCAAGAUACUCUUCCCCGGCGGCUCCAACAACCAGAUGAUCAAGGUCUUCAUGGAGUGCCUCGGAUGGCCUAGCGAGAAGCAUCUCAAGAAGGGCUUGCUCUCCGGACAGCAUUUCGAGCCUGGACCUCCCUUGAAGUUCAUCAGUCGCGAAGUGGAUCAGUUCGGCAAGCCUUUCGUCCGCAAGAUCGAGCAGCAGCGAAUGCCAAGCCGUCCGCUCAAGACCCGGGUUGCCCAAGCUGCCCAAGGGAGCGAAAGCCCCUCGGAGCUCAACGACCUCACGGACUUGCUCGCUGCGUGUCUUCACUGGAACCCUGAAAAGCGGAUCCAGCCGAAGGACGCUAUCAAUCACAAGCUUUUCGUGAAGCCGACCAUGGCUCCGCGUUCGGCUGUGAUUAGGCCUGCUAUUGGCAAGAGGCCUUAUGGAGCUCGCUGA